UCCCCGGAGCAUCCCCGCCCCCCGGGAUCGGCGCCGCGCAGGACGCCCCGUCCGAGGCCCCCUCUGCCCCGGCGCCGCUCCCGGCCGCCGCCGCCCGGCGGACGCAGGGCCGGAGGCUCGCUCCUGCGGGCGCGCUUGUUUUCCUGCCGCCGCCUCGCCCUGCGCAGCCCCCGCCCGCCAGAUCGCCGCUCCCCGCGCGGCCCCGCCCGCCCUCGGUGCCCGGCGCCGGAUUUAUGAAUGGGGGGAAGAGGCCACAUGCCGCCGCCGCCGCCCCGUGUUGACCGCGCGGAGCCCGGACCCGAGGAGCCCCGGCUGCCGUGAGAGCGUCGGCCCGGCCCCGGAGGACUUGUUGCUGCUGCGCUGCCGCCGCCGCGGGGAAGCCGCCGCUGCCGGGCUCGGUGCGGCCCGAGAGCCGGGGGCGGCCCGAGUGAGUGAGCGCGCGCCCGGAGCCUCGCGGUGCGCCCGGCGGUGCGCCUCCUGGUCUUUGGCGGGUGGUGUCCGGGCGAGUGUCUGAGUGUCCGGUCCUCGCGGGGGAGUGUGUGUGUGCUUGCCCUGCUCUCCCGCACCCCGGCCCCUCGCUGGGGUUCUUGGUUCUCCGUCCCCCCCCCCCCCCGCCUCCCUCCCCGGCGCUGCGUGCCCAAACCCCAACCACCUGUGCACCCGAGAAACCCAACUCCUCCCGCUCGGCGCCCCGGGGGGAGACGGGGGCAGGGCCACGCCGCAGAGGGGGCCGCUGCCGCCUCCUGCCUCCUCGCCGUCUCCUCCCCGCCCCGGUCUGACGCUGCCUCCUCGGGAAGGGUGUUUGGAGGGCAGCGGCCGCCCCAAGCCGAAGCCCCGCAGCGCUUCUUAUGAUCAGCUCGGUGUGUGUCUCCUCCUACCGCGGGCGCAAGUCGGGGAACAAGCCUCCAUCCAAAACAUGUCUGAAGGAGGAGAUGGCCAAGGGCGAGGCGUCGGAGAAGAUCAUCAUCAACGUGGGCGGCACGCGACAUGAGACCUACCGCAGCACCCUGCGCACCCUCCCGGGCACCCGGCUCGCCUGGCUGGCCGACCCGGACGGCGGGGGCGGCCGGCCCGAGUCCGAUGGCGGCGGCGCGGGCAGCAGUGGCAGUAGCGGCGGCGGCGGCGGCGGGGGCUGCGAGUUCUUCUUCGAUCGGCACCCGGGCGUCUUCGCGUACGUGCUCAACUACUACCGCACCGGCAAGCUGCACUGCCCCGCCGACGUGUGCGGGCCGCUCUUCGAGGAGGAGCUCACCUUCUGGGGCAUCGACGAGACCGACGUGGAGCCCUGCUGCUGGAUGACCUACCGGCAGCACCGCGACGCCGAGGAGGCGCUCGACAUCUUCGAGAACCCGGACGGAGGCGGCGGCGCGGGGCCGGGUGACGAGGCCGGCGACGAGGAGCGAGAGCUGGCCCUGCAGCGCCUGGGGCCCCACGAGGGCGGCGCGGGCUCCGGCGCCGGGUCCGGGGGCUGCCGCGGCUGGCAGCCCCGCAUGUGGGCACUCUUCGAGGAUCCCUACUCCUCCAGGGCGGCCAGGGUGGUGGCCUUUGCCUCUCUCUUCUUCAUCCUGGUCUCCAUCACCACCUUCUGCCUGGAGACCCACGAGGCCUUCAACAUCGACCGCAAUGUGACGGAGAUCCUCCGCGUGGGGAACACCACGAGCGUGCGCUUCCGGCGGGAGGUGGAGACGGAGCCCAUCCUGACGUACAUCGAGGGCGUGUGCGUGCUGUGGUUCACCCUGGAGUUCCUGGUGCGCAUCGUGUGCUGCCCGGACACGCUGGACUUCGUCAAGAACCUGCUCAACAUCAUCGACUUCGUGGCCAUCCUGCCCUUCUACCUGGAGGUGGGGCUGAGCGGCCUGUCGUCCAAGGCGGCCCGCGACGUGCUGGGCUUCCUGCGGGUGGUGCGCUUCGUGCGCAUACUGCGCAUCUUCAAGCUCACCCGCCACUUCGUGGGGCUGCGGGUGCUGGGCCACACGCUGCGCGCCAGCACCAACGAGUUCCUGCUGCUCAUCAUCUUCCUGGCGCUGGGCGUGCUCAUCUUCGCCACCAUGAUCUACUACGCCGAGCGCAUCGGCGCCCGGCCCUCCGACCCGCGGGGCAACGACCACACCGACUUCAAGAACAUCCCCAUCGGCUUCUGGUGGGCCGUGGUCACCAUGACGACGCUGGGCUACGGGGACAUGUACCCCAAGACGUGGUCGGGCAUGCUGGUGGGGGCGCUGUGUGCGCUGGCCGGGGUGCUGACCAUCGCCAUGCCCGUGCCCGUCAUCGUCAACAACUUCGGCAUGUACUACUCCCUGGCCAUGGCCAAGCAGAAGCUGCCCAAGAAGCGGAAGAAGCACGUCCCGCGUCCGCCCCAGCUCGAGUCCCCCGUCUACUGCAAGUCCGAGGAGACCUCGCCCCGGGACAGCACCUACAGCGACGCCAGCCCCGCGGCCCAGGAAGAGGGUCUGGUGGAGAGGAAGCGGGCAGAUUCCAAGCAGAACGGAGACGCCAACGCCAUGCUGUCGGAUGAGGAGGGGGCGGGCCUCACCCAGCCCCUGGCCUCUGCCCCGACCCCCACGCCGGAAGAGCGCCGGGCCCUGCGCCGGUCCGGCACCCGAGACAGAAACAAGAAGGCGGCCGCCUGCUUCCUGCUCAGCGCCGGGGACUAUGCCUGCGCCGACGGGAGUGUCCGGAAAGGCCGUGAAAAGUCCAGGAGUCUAAGCAACAUAGCCGCAGCAGCCGGAGCCAGUCUGGGGCUGUCUCCAUUGGCACCCCGAUACAGCUCGCCCUACUCUCCAAGAAAGCUCCUGCUCUCCCUCCCUCCGCACCCCCUCACCAGCCCGCCGCCUGGACACUCGGCCCCUUAGCUGCACCGGCCCUCCCGCCCCUGGGCCCGCACACACAGGGAGCCACUCUCGUGCCCGCCGGCCCGCUCCUGGGGCCUCAGGGAGCCGGGUGGAUGCAGGAGAAUCCAGGCCCCUGAGCCUCUCCCCACAGCACCCCGCUCCCCACGAUGCUCAGGUUUGGGUCCGAGGGCCGAGGAGAUCACUCUCAGGGCCCCCCAUCCUGAGCGGGAGGGGCGGCACCCCCAGGACCUGUGUCUCUGAGUCCUGCCCUCCCCCACACAGUCCCACCUUAACCAAAUACAUCUCCAUUCCUCGGGGCCUUCAACCAGUAACCAAACAGCUGGCAACCAGUGUCUCUGUCUGUCUGUCUGUCUGUCCAUCCCACACCCAGAGCAGCAAGGACUAAGGCUGUCGCAUGAGCAUCUCUGCUGUGGCCGGGGGUGCGGGGAGGCCCUCCCCCCCGGGGGACACCCACACCCCAUCUGCGCCCCCGCCUCGGCCCCUCUCUCCACGCUGCUUUCCUCUGCUUCCAAGCUGUUGCCUCCCCUCCCCCUCAGCGCCUCACUGCCAGCCCAGCCCCUGCCCGCCUCGCUCCCACCAGCCUUGCGCUCCGUGUUGCUGCCAGAACCGGAGACUCAUCUAAUUUCUCUAAUUAAGUGUAUUCAUUUACCUAACGAGCCAGGAGCACAACAGGGUUGUAAGUCACUGUGAGCAGGGCUGCACCUUGGCAGGGACAGCUGAGGGGUAGUGGGGGGACAGAGCUACCCUGCCCGCCACUCAGGCAGGGGCCACCCUGGACUGCCCGGGGAGGAGGGGCAGGGGGGGAGCCGAGCCGCAGGGCCCGUCCCCAGCAGUGGGCAGAGCAAGGCCCUCAGGCCGGCCCUCCACAGCCAGGGCCAGCCCAGGGCUCCCUGUUCCACCUGAUGGGAAUGAGAGCUGACAGGGGAGCCGUGCGCCUGGCAAUUUUUAGAGUCAGAUUAUGCAACUUGGUUGCGGGAGUGACUAAGAAGGGCCGCGUCUGCUGCCUCCAGGGUGGGCAGGGAUGGGUGUGGCAGGACUGGGAGCCAAGGUCAGCUCGCUCCGGACCGGGAGCACCCCCUUGGCGUCUCCAGCCCUGGGCAGGCUCGGGGUGUGCCUUCCAGAAGGUCUGUUCCUUGUGGGGGCUGGGAGAGCCCAGCCCUGCUGUGGUCUCGGGGAGCCGCCUGCCACUGGCUCUCACUGGCUCUCCCCUAAGAGUGGAGAAGACACAGGGGACCCAUGGGACCACCCUUAAGAGGGAGCAGGUCCCUUUCAGGGACAGGGACAGGGACCGGACAGCCCUGGGCUCUGGAUGGAGACGCCAGGGACCUUCUCCCUCGGGGCCGGGUGCGAGGGCCCAGCUGCUCCUUCACGGGGACGGGCUGGUCCUGCCCCGCAGGGCUCCCUGGCACCUGGCCCCCGGGCCUGGCUCUGCCGGGGACGUGACGAGCUGGGCGUCCGGUUUAGCACGGGCGCCGCGGCUAUUUUCUCCUCUGCCUGGCGCUUCUGGUUCAGGGAGCUGAGGCGGCUAUUUCUGUGGCGGCCGUCCCCUGAGUUGUCAGGAGCCCAAGUUUCCACGGCACCCACCGCCCCCUUUCCUCCCACGGGGAUGGGCAUGCUCACGGCGCCCCGGUGGUGGGCACAGAUGUCCCUGGGCGACGGGAGGCAGGAGUGCCAGGCUGGAGCCCCUAGUGCCUUGGGAGAGGGGCUCCCCCACGUCCCUCCCGGCCCCCUGGCUUCUGUAGGGGAGACCCUGACCCAGCGCCUGGCCAAUGGAGAGCCGCGCAGGUGUCUGCCCCUCUCGCUCUCAGCACCUCAGCCUCCGGGGGCCCUGGGGAAGGCAAAGCAGGUUCUGGAGCCGACAGAGACCCUGG